GCUAUAAAUACCUUAGGAACGUAGAUUCCUAUAACACAUAAAAACAUCGCUCCCCUUUAAAAAGUACAAAGAUGGAAGCAAUUACCUUAAAAUUUGCUUCGGUUGUGCUGUUUUUGUCAAUGAUCACGUUAUUUUUUGUUGCUUCUGCAGAUAGUAGUUAUGGAAAACCUCAGCUUAACGAACAUUUGCUACCAAACCCCGUAAUACCAAAAGAGGAACACGGUGCGUACGAAAAGAGCAUCCCUAAGAUACCAACAAAGUCAGUGAUACCAAAAGAGGAAUUUGGAGCCUACAAAAAGAGCAAUCCUAAGGUACCAACAAAGCCUAUGAUACCAAAGAAGGAAUAUGGAGCUGACGAAAAAAGCAAUCCUAUGGUCCCAACGAAGCCCGUGAUACCAAAAGAUGAGCAUAUUGGAACCUACGAAAAGAGAAAUCCUAAGAUACCAACAAAACCCGUGAUACCAAAAGAGGAACAUGGAGCUUAUGGAAAGGGGAUUCCUAAGAUACCGACAAAGCCCGUGAUAACAAAAGCGGAACACGGAGCGUAUGGAAAGAACAACCCUAAACUGCCCAAAGAGCCUGUGAUACCGAAAGAGGAACACGGAGGAUACGGAAAGAACAAUCCUAAAAUACCCACACCAAAGCCUUUGAUACCAAAAGAAGAACAUGGAGCGUACGGAAAAAUCAACCCUAAUUUACCAACGCCUGAGAAGCCCAAGCUACCCAAGGUGCCGGAACACCCGACGGACAUAGCCGUUCAAGGCCUUAUUUACUGUAAAUAUGGUUCCAAACUUAUCCCACUUAAAGGAGCAACGGUGAGAAUUACUUGUUUGGCCGUGCACAAGAACGGAUAUGAAUCUGCACCGUUUUCAUUCUCGAGUUGUCCGGCAGAUGUGAAGGGUUACUUCUUGGCCAAAAUAUCAUCAUCAGAGCUUCUAAAAAACAAUCUCUGGGAGGUAACUGAGUGCAAGUCUUUCCUUGAGAACUCACCAUGGCCAGGCUGCAAGGUUCCUGAAGAUACCAAUGGAGGAAUCACGGGUGCUCAUCUCACAUUUUCUCGUAUGCUCAACGGAUACAGUUUGUCAUCAGUAGGCCCUUUCAUAUACAAUGCAGGGCCCCAACCUUCUUUACCGAAAGAAGGCUACUAGAUCCAUCCAACAUCCAUCAAUCCUUCUAUUUAUUUUGUUUUCUUCCAAACACAAUUCAUUGUUUGUUAAUUGAUUUCUUUAUUUUUUUGUGAUCACACAAAGAUGCUACUUGUAAGAUUUAAUAUUUGAU